AUGCUCUGGGCCGCCCGCAAGACCCAUCUGCGAUUUAUUGCAGGCGCCUUGCCCCACGCAGAGGCCCCCGUGUACGUCAUCGGUAACCCCUCCGCCGACCUCGAUUCCAUGAUUUGCGCCUUGGUCUACUCGUAUUUCGCCAAUCGCUCAUCGCGAUGUCACAUCCCUCUCAUUAACAUUCCCCAAGUGCCCUCAGGUCCGGAGCUCUGUCGUCUCCGGCCUGAGUUUGUCAAAGCGUUCUGGAUCUCCACGAAUUCUGGAGACCCAACAUCUGAACCCGCAGGUAGCUUACUCCAGAACCACAUCCUCACCGUCGCGGACUUUGCAGAGCACCUGAAGCAACGCGGGAUAGACUGCGAUCCGGGUCCCCACCGCCGCUACGCGGCGGAUGCGGUCCUGGUCGACUGGAACGCGUUACCGAUCCCUUCAUCAGACGGCCAAAAAGGAAAAGGUAGUCUGGACGGCUUGCCGAUGGUUGAGUUUACCGUGGUAGGAUGUAUUGAUCACCAUGUCGACGAGGGAUUCCUAGGUCCUGAUAUCAAACCCUUGGUGAUUGAAAAAGCAGGGUCAUGUUCGUCUCUUGUUGUGAAUACUCUGAACACGAUGGGAUUAUGGACACCCUCAGAUACAGAGGAUCGGUUUCCAGAGGAAGAGCCGGUUGCCCGACUAGCGCUCGCUCCUCUACUGAUUGACACGGUGAAUAUGAAUGCCAAGGAUAAAGUGACUGUGAUCGAUACUGAAGCGUGGGAAUUCCUGCGCCGUAUCCUCGAUUCCGCGCCGUCCGCUUGGGACAGAGAUGCGUAUUACAGGCAGAUCCACGAAACCAAAUCAAACAGUCUUGAUCUACUCACCGUCGACGAGAUGCUCGAUCGUGACUACAAACAGUGGACCGAGUCGCCUCCGAGUCGUGCCGAGAAGCCCCUCAACAUCGGGUUCUGCUCGAUGGUCAAGCCCGUCUCCUGGAUUGUUCAAAAAGCAGGCAAUCCGCAGGCCUUUCUGGAUGCUCUGUGUGGGUUUUCUGCACGGCGUGAGUUGGAUAUUGUCGUCGUCAUGACUGCAUUCAGCUCGCCGAUGCGGAAUGGUGCAUUCGUUCGAGAGUUACUUGUUUGUGCCCUGCAAGAGGGACCGGCCGUAGAUGCACUGAAGGAUUUGGCAACACGCUCCGCCUCGCAGCUGGAUCUGCAGGAGUGGACGGCGCUGGACAGCGCCGAUGCGGAUGACCAGGCACCGGCGAUUCGGAGCGUUCUCGACAGUGAUCAGUUCCCCUGGAGGCGCAUCUGGGUACAGGGGGACGUGACAAAGAGUCGAAAGCAGGUUGCUCCGCUGGUUCGUCAGGCAGUUGCUUCUCCAGCAGAGAAACUGUGA